UGACAGCAAAAUGCAUCUAGAGCAUGAUUUGAAGAAACAAGCUUUGGACAACUGAGAAAUAGAUUAAAAAAAAUGAAUAGUAUCAAACCUGACCUGAUCCAGCUGCACAAGAUCCGAGAUCAGCAUCUUGUAUGGCUCAAUCACAAAGGAGUGAGACAGAAGCGCCUGAAUGCAUGCCUUGGAAUCAAGAAUGAGAAUGCUGAUGAGAUCUAUUUUAUCAGUGAAGAAGAUGAAAACCUGCCACAUUAUGAUGAGAAAACUUGGUUUGUUGAGGAUAUCAAUCGAGUACAAGCAGAGGACUUGCUUUAUGGGAAACCUGACGGUGCACUCUUAAGUCCUGAGAGUAGCAAGAAAGGAUGCUAUGCCUGCUCUGUGGUACUUGUGCUCCCAACCAUACCUUCUCCCAGCCCACCAUGAGGAUUUUCACAUCCUGAGCUUUUGCCAACAUAGUUUCCUGUGCUUAGAGUUUAUCUGCCAGCUCAGAUGUCACCUCCUCUAAGAAGCCUCCCAUUUCCACUCUCCUGCUAACAGGUAAGCUCUCCUGCUCUAACACUUGUGCUCCUAAGUGUA